AUGUCGGGGGGGCUGAACAAUGCGGACUUCCGCAAGAUGCUGGCGGAGGGCCGGCUCGGGACCGUCGCGAAGGAGAAGAGGGAGAAGGCCAAGGAGAAGUAUGCUAAAAAGGCAAAGGCGCGGAACCAGAAGAUGGAGAAGCUGCGCGCGGCGGGCGACGCGGAGGAGGAGGAGGGCGAGAAGUACCGCGACCGCGCUGCAGAGCGCCGCCAGGGCCUCAGGAACGAGUACGAGGAGGACGAGCAGCAGCUCCAGAGCAUCUACCUCGCAGCCGACGAGAACCUCACUGAGGAGGAGCGCCGGCAGCGCGCGUACGAGCUCUCGAAGCACCUCGGCGGCACUGAGUCCGCGACGCACCUCGUCCGCGGCCUCGACAAGACCCUCCUCGAGCGCAUGCGCGACAACCUGCGGCGCGAGCAGGACAACGAGGCCGCCGCGGCCCAGCGCGCCGAACAGAGCAGGUCCCUGGCGGAGUCCACCACGUUCCGCACGCCGCUCGGCCGCAGCGUGUUCGAGGCGCUGUUCCGCCGCGCCGGCGCGCUCGGGGCCGCUGCGCAGCGUUUCUUGCCGCGACGGAUGGCGUUCGUGUACGACCUGGACGACGACGGUUCGGGGCCGACGGGGGACGCGCCGUCGACGCUGCUGCGGCCGAAGGCGGACUGCCCGCGGCCGCCGGAGACGCUGAUGGGCAUGUGCGACGCGGGCGUGUUGGAUCGCAUUUCGCGCGCGAUGCGGUACAUCGUCGACGCGCGGAAGAAGAAGACGAAGAAGGACGCGCAGGCGGUGCGGGAGAUCCUGAGCGACGCGCCGGGCGCGGGACAGCCCGCGGCGCCGGCUGUGGUCGCGCAGCCCGCGGCGGAGAAGCCCGCGGGGCCCGUGGACGAGGAGGAGGACAUUUUUGGAGACGCAGGGACGGACUACGUGUGCGACGUGAAGCCGAAGGCGAAGACGGGCAGCAAGGCGCGCGACAAGCUCGGCGGGUCCGUGUUCGGCGACGGCGGCGCGGCUCGCGAAGACCGACCCGAGCGCGCCAGCGCACAGGCUACCGCAGGCCUGCCCUCGCGGGACGCCCUCCCGCCGCCUCCCCCCCCCGGCGACGCGCCCCCCGAGGCCCUCCGCGACGCGCGGCGGCUGGAGGAGCUCACCCGCGACGAGCGCGACGCGGGGCUGGCGUCCGUGUGGCGCAGCGACGACGCGGCGUGGCGGCGGCGCGACCGCUCGGCGAUCCGCCGCGAGUUCGAGGCGAUGCAGGACGGGCGGAUGGAGGUUGACGACGACGGGUACGGCAUCGACAUGGGUGGCGCGGGGUUCGCGCCGCUGGGGGCGGAGGACGAGGAGGAUCUGUCGCAGGCGGACACGAAGGGCGCGGCGCGGCGGGAGCUGGGGCGCGCGGACUUCGCGACCGAGGGGGAGUAUGAGAAGUAUAAAAUGUCGCGGGAGGCGGUGCCGAGCGUGGCGUACCAGUUCGGCGUCAAGGGGAGCGACGGGCGGAAGUCGGCGAAGCAGAUGCGGCGGGAGGCGGAGCGCAAGUUGGACAAGGGGCUGAAGGAGGUGGAGAAGAUUAUGAGAGAGAAGGGCACGUACCACGAGGGGGCGUUUGGGGGCGGGGACCGCGGGGGCGACGGGGACGGGGACGCGGGGCGGCGCAGGCAGAAGCGGCUGAAGAUAUGA